CGUCUGCAGAGGAGACACAAGCGGGACCCGUCUCUAGCUGCACUUCCCACUACUGCGGCUCCAGCCUGGAUCCUCACGAAACCUCCUCCGAAAACGUAUCUGGAGAGAGGGACCAGAAUAACCCGCUACAUCCUGAGAUUGUAACGCAACAAAAUCAGGAUUUAUCCUUCUCUCUGCGGUGCUGGCGCUGAUCCCCUUCACACACACACACACACCCACCCACACACACACACACACACACACACACACACACACACACACACACACACACACACAUCCAGCUACAGCGGCCCCCACCACAGUGUUCGUGCAUACGCGAGGAGGCUAAUGCCCGCAAUAGUGUGGUCGGGGCUAGAGGAGGAUGAGUCCGGCAGUGGAGGCUCAGGCCCAGGAGGCCGUGGACACAGAGCAAAAGCGGGAGCAGCAGCAUCAGCAGAGCCAGCUCCAGCGCCAGCAGUGCUAUACGGAAAAAGGGGUCAUGCUUGAGCCCUUUGUCCACCAGGUAGGGGGCCACUCCUGUGUGCUGCGCUUUGGGGAGCAGACCAUCUGCAAGCCCCUCAUCCCCCGCGAGCACCAGUUCUACAAGAGCCUGCCUGCUGCCAUGAGGAAGUUCACCCCCCAGUACAGAGGCGUGGUGUCGGUCAGCUUCGAGGAGGAUGAGGAGGGAAACCUGUGCCUCAUCGCCUACCCACUUCACAGCGACCCAGCCGGAGACUCGGACAACAAGGAGCCCUCGGCCGACUGCGAGCCCAAGAGCAAGAUGCUCAAGUGGGGCAACAAGAUGACAUCCACCCAGCUUGUUGACAAUGAAAACUACAGCAAAGACGGCCGGGGCCGCCACUCCCGCAAAGACAAGGACAAGAGUGGCCAAAAGCUCCAGGAGGAUGUUGAACUAGAGUGGCUGCAGCAGGCUGAGGUGCGUUCCUACAGACUGGAGCGUAGCCACACCAACGCUGUACCGCAGCUUAAACACAACCCCUGGAGCCUCAAGUGUCACCAGCAGCAUCUGCAAAGAAUGAAGGAGAAUGCCAAGCACCGCAAUCAAUACAAAUUCAUCCUACUGGAAAACCUGACAUGGCGCCACACAGUGCCAUGUGUGUUGGACCUGAAGAUGGGCACGCGGCAGCACGGGGACGACGCCUCUGAGGAGAAGAAGGCCGUGCAAAUCCGCAAGUGUCAGCAAAGCACGUCGGCCUCAAUAGGAGUCCGCCUCUGUGGUAUGCAGGUGUACCAUUCCGACUCAGGCCAGUUGAUGUUUAUGAACAAGUACCAUGGCCGAAAGCUGACCCUUCCAGGAUUCAAGGAGGCUCUAUUCCAGUUUUUCCACAACGGGCAACACCUGCGCCGCGAGCUCCUUUCCCCGGUGCUACGAAGGCUGAGAGAGAUGCAGGCUGCACUGGAGGCCUGUGAGUCCUACCGCUUCUACUCCAGCUCCCUACUCAUCAUCUAUGACGGAGAGCCGCACCGCACGCACACGCACCGACACACCGAGGAUGGCCUCUCAGAAGAGGAAGAGGAAGAGGAGGACGAGGAAGAGGAGGCUGAGGAGGAGGAUGAUGACGACGAUGUUGCGGGUGCCCUUGACUUCCCCCACAGCCCCUCCACAUCGAUCGGCGGUGGCAGCGGUUGCCCCAGUGGCAGCAGUAACAGCGGCAGUGGUAGCCCGGGUGUCAGCCGGCAUGGCCCAGCCCACCCAGACCCCCACAGCCCGGUGGUGGAUGUGAGGAUGAUAGACUUUGCCCACACUACCUGCCGCCACUACGGAGAGGACAGUGUGGUCCAUGAGGGCCAGGACAGCGGUUACAUCUUUGGUCUCCAGAACCUGAUCACUAUCAUCUCUCAGCUGGAGGACCACAGUACAGACUAGACUGGCACACACACACACACACACACACACACACACACACACAGAAAGACACACAAACUUACAGUUGCACAAUUGCACACAUUUUACACACUCUCUAUUUUUGCCCUUCGGCGGAAAACAGCAGGAAGGGAUUACAAUAAAGGAGAAGUUUUUUUUCUUUCCCUUAGUCACAUCAACAACCUUUCCGAGAGGUCUUGCCUUUUCCGCCAUUGGUGCUUCUCGUGGUGUUUCUGUUCUAUUUGUUCGUCCGAAGGAGAAAGGGCAGAAACGAGGGCUGCAUAGAAGAUCACCUGAUGAGCUCAUGUUCAUCGGACUCAGUGCUUCUUCAUCUGUUAUCGUCUAACUUGUUAUUUUUCAACACCUUUUAACCCAGUUCAUGGUUUAGAAACUGAAUUAGACAGCGGUUAUAAAGCUGUUUAGGACAGCGAGCAUGUUUUUGACCUUGUUCCAUUCCAAAGAAAGCACCGGUUGUUUGAGAUGUGCGCGCACUUUUACGUGCUCUGCAAUGCUUCUGUGUACUGCCAAUUAGUCAGGAUUCAUUGGGAGAGCAGGAGCGUUGGGAGGAAAGGUAAAGUCCUAUCUCACCCUCCUUUCUCCUCCACGUGUUAAUUUUACUAUCCCUCCUUACUUAUCCCUCCUUCAUUCAAAGGGACUAAAUUCAUGUAAGUAUCAGAGCCAGAUGAUAUAGAGAUAUUUAUUUAUUUGACAUGUUUCUUAAAAUAAACUAAAAAUGUAAAAAAAAAAAAACAUGAACGAAAGGAGCAACAUUCCACGUGAUUAAUGUUACAAUAAUGACAUUAAUAAACAUUGUUAUUUGACAUUUUAAGAUACCUCUAUCUUGUAUAUCUGUGUUGUCCACAGUUGGUUGGAGGAGAAAUAAAGACUUCGUUUGUGCUAAAAUGGCUGUUCCUGUCGUUCGUAACGUUGCCUCGGUGGCUUCAGGAUGGAGGCAGGAACAAGGCCUCCACUAAAUACAACACAAAGCAGAACCUGGCAACAGGCAAAUUUCAUGUAGAUGUACAAGAUGGGAAGUCUGUUGCUGUGUGUGAGCGCGCGUCUGUGUUGGGGUUACAAGGAAACGAGUUAUGACAGCUCAUAAUGACAGACUGAUACCUCACUGAUACGCUGGAGUGCAUGAGUUGACUUGAUCUAUUAUCACCAUGGAGUUGCAGCUCGGUCUCACCCCAACCUACUGAGCACAGAAAUAUCCAAAGCACAGGUUAAACGAAUGGCCGGGUAGUUCGACGGCAUUUAAGAGCUCUAAACUCAGGCGAACACUUCGGGAAUUUCAUCGAGAAGAAUGCUCUAUCUUCUAGACAAACUAUGAAAAACCACUUUAAUCUCAGCAUUUAUCGGUUUAUUUUCACUGUAGACUGACCUGAAAUGUGUAAGCAUGUAUUUAUUGCUACGUGAUGCUGCAGUAUAGCGGUAAUAAAGA